AUGCUCAUCUCCUACCUGAUCUCACCUUCUGAACCUGGCCAAACUGCUUCACUAUCCUAUACGGACAUGCAAAUCCAUCUGAUUUAUGGCACUUUCUUUGCAUUAAAUGUGAUCUCUGUGGUGAUUUUCAUAUCUCUGCCAACAAAGCAGUAUGACAGCAUCGCCUCGAAGUCCCAGGAGGUUAUGCCCAGCUUGAAAGAACAGUUUGGCAAGUUCAAAUCUUCUGUAAAGGAGGUAAAUAUGCUAUUACUGACGCCAUUCUUCGGUUACAUGGGUUUGAGCGUUUCGUUUCUCAUCAGCGUCUAUCCAACCACUCUUGCCUUCACAUCUGAUCUCACCAAAGACAUCUACAUUGUGGCUAUCUACAGUCUUAGCAUGGGAGCAGCAGAGAUUUUUGGUGGCGUGGUGCUUCGACGUCUGAUCAAGCGAUGUCAUGAUUGGGGACUGGUGGUGACGAUCACCAUCCAUUUCAUAGCAGUAUCGACAGCACUUGUGCUAAUUCUGCUAUCCGUACCAGAUAUGGCCACGAUUAGGCCGACUACUGCGCCAACACUGCUCAUCAAGCCCUGCAGAGCAGUUGUGGCUAUAGUCGGAUUUCUGAUGGGUAUGGGCGACUUCACACUUACCAUGGGUCGAGCAGUUAUCUGUCAGGUGGCUGUGCCUAAUGCUCGUAUGCAAGUGUUCUCUUUGAGUCGUGCUUAUCAGGUGAGUAGAAGAACCCAACGUUUAGACUGA